AUGGGAAAAGAGAGUGGGAGAGUAACAAAGGAGAGAGAGCUUCAAGAGUAUAUUGUGCACACAGUUUUGUUCACUGCAGGAGCAGCUGUGUUAAUGGCGUGUUUACAACGUGCUAUAUUAAUGGUGUUUCUCAUGGAGCAAUGGCGGGCAUGGGUUUUCCUUGUGCUCAACCUCAUCCUCUUAGCCAUUCUCUUCACUCCCAUUUCUUCCACCUCAAAUUUUGAUCAAAACCAACAAUGCAGCAGCAACAACAGCAAUGCAGAAGUGGUCGAGAAUAUUGAACGGAAAAAUAAGAGAAGGGAAUGUUACAGGUGCCCGUCAUCAGAACAAGCAGUAGAAGAAGUUAAAGAAUGUGAUGAAGAAAUAUGUAAGAAGAGAUCGACGAGUGUCGAGAAUGAGGAAGAGGGGUUUGAAGACCAGACAGAGGAGGUUUCCAAGGAGGCCCUGAAUGAGAGAGUGGAAGCUUUCAUUGUGAUGUUCAGGCAGCAUUUGGUGUCGGAUGCAAGAAAUGAAUCAAGGUGGAAACAAGUUCUUUGAGAGGCA